GACGUCAGCAGUCCUCCGUUCUCACACAUGGACUCGGUGCUCGGUCCGCAGCCCGGUCAGGCACCGCCGCACGCGCACGCAGCAGGUCGUGUGUGCUGAGAGCAGCAACUUUUAUUUUGAAAGGAUUCCUUUCCGCGUGGACGUGAGGCCACAACGCGAGGACAGCGCUCAGCUUACCGUGUCACACCUGCGGCUCUGCUCGGCUCGUUUCCCAGACUGAAGUCCCGAUGCAAGGAGGCGUGAUGGAGAAGAUUUCCCGACACCCCGGCCCGCUCACCCCGCUCAGCCCGGGCUUCCUGCCCAUGGCCACGCACGGAGUGCUCAAGUCGCUGCUGGAGAACCCAGUGAAGCUGCCGCUGCAGCACGAAGCUUUCAGCAAAGAGCACGAGAAGGAGAAAAACCUAGAAGAAGAGCGCAGCGCCCCCCAGUCGGCCUUCCUGGGCCCCACGCUGUGGGACAAAACCCUCCCCUACGAUGGAGACACCUUUCAGCUGGAGUACAUGGACCUGGAGGAGUUUCUGUCUGAGAACGGGAUCCCUUCCAGCCCCUCCCAUCACCACCACGACCACCACCCACCACACGCUCCACCACGCCAGCCGCCAAUCAUGACACCAGCCCCUCCCACGCCAGCACCUUCAGUGAUUGACCUUAGCAACCACGCCUCCGCCUCUGUGCACACGACUGUCGUCUCCCCGAACUGCCUGCACGGCAGCCCGGCAGCAGCAGGCCUCUCAAACUCCAGAAACACCUCCAGCCCCAUCGACCCAGACUCCAUCCAGGUCCCCGUCAGCUUUGAGCCCGACCCAGCUGACCUGGCUCUGUCCAGCGUCCCGGGUCAGGAGAUCUUCGACCCGCGCAAGCGCAAGUUCUCGGUCGAGGAGCUGAAACCGCAGCCGAUGAUCAAGAAGGCUCGAAAGGUCUUCAUCCCGGACGAAAUGAAGCAGGAUGACAAAUACUGGGCCCGGCGCAGGAAGAACAAUUUAGCUGCUAAGCGCUCCCGGGACGCCCGACGCCUCAAGGAAAACCAGAUCGCCAUCCGGGCCAGCUUCCUGGAGAAGGAGAACUCUGCUCUGAGGCAGGAAGUGGCCGACCUGCGGAAAGAGCUCGGACGCACCAAGAAUAUCCUCGCCAAGUACGAGGCCCAGCACGGGCCGCUGUGAGGGCGCGGGACACACACAUGUACAGAGUUCACACACACACCGCCAGCCAGCUCGUCUCACGGCUCCGAAGGGCUCGACUCACGGCAGGUUAGUCUGUGGCCCAAUCAGAUCAGAAACACGUAGGACACGCCUCCUCUCUGAUUUUGAUUCUGCCUCAAAACGUUCAGUUUUAAAACGCGUUCGCUGGGGACUACUUUCAGCGGCGGAUGAAUCCACACUGGUGCUGUAAAAUGACACACGAUGCAACAUAUUUAUAGUUUUGUUUUUUUCCCGUGCGCUGGCUUCACAUGACUUCCUGUUUGAGUCGAGCCCGUUACUCAGAACUCUUACACACACACACCUGUCGGGGCGUGUCUUCAGCCCUGUGAACUCUUCUCAUGGACUCCACUAACACUCACUUGACCUCUGACCCCUGCUCUCCCAAUGUCUGGCAGCUCCUCCCCCUGCAGGUGUGAACACACCUGUAAAUGAAUGUGUACCGCCUCCUGCCUCUUAGCUCCUGCUCUCUGUUAAUUUUUCUGUCGGGCCCUCAGCACUGUUUCACAUUCACACUAACUUUAACCUGACUUCUCUUUUUUAAACAAGUGCCCAAAAUGCCAAAAGUUUUAUAGCAGGAAAUGUUUUUAUAUUUGUGAGGAUAAUCAGAGGUAAGCGUCUUCAGGGAGUUCAGACACGGUUGGGCGCGGUUUUGGAGCCCCCUAGUGGGUGAGGGGAGCUCAGCAGCCAGUCCGGUCACUUAAAGGGUCUGGCUGCAUGUUUUGACCUUUGACCUUCACUUUAGCAUGUUCAUGUUUGUGUUCAAUAGGAAAGCUGCUUCAGGUUUCUCUGAGCGCUCCGCCAAUGAAAAACAAGCAAGAUUAAAGAGAUAAAAUGCACUUAAAUUUAUCUUAAAACAAUAAAAAACAAAUUAAGAACAAACUUUAAGAAAAUGGUUCAAAUGAGAAGAAACUUUAAAGCGGUAAAAACUAACCUGAAAUCAGAGUGCUCCUUGCUGUGCCGAUCGAGACGUUCUUCAUCGCCACAGUCUUCACAUCCUGGUUCAGUAAAUGUUUGGAAAGGUUGAUUCCAUAAAAAGGAGAUAUCUUUUCUGGCGGCAGCAUCAUCUUCGUCUCUUCUCUUUCUGUUUCUUCAAAUAAGAUCUAAUCCGGCGUGUUUCCAGGGUUCGCCUCGCACUGUUGCUUAUUUCGGGUAAAUGUAGGAAGAUGGAGGUGAGCGUGGGGGUUUCUGCAGCGACUGUCCUGCUUCUCAUCUUCACGACUUUACCAUCACCUUUUUUGUGCACGAAUGAAGCCGCGUUGAAGUUACGUGUUCAAACCAAGCCGUGCUGACAGCUGAUUAAUGCUCAGCUGUCAUGUUUUUGUCUUUCUGUGAAAGUUUGAAUUUGUUUUAGAGCAAAUUUAAAAAUGAAAUUAUUUAGCACACCUGCUGUCGGUCAGAGCUUUACUCUUCAGGUACUUUAUCGUUAAACAACUCCCUCUUCUGCUCGUUUCCACCUCCGAUAUUUUUAUUCUUGGAGCUUUAAUAAUCUUUAAACAUGUUCAGUUCAGAGAGAGAGGAGCUGAGAACUAGAUCCAGUUUCAGCUCCUCUCUCUUUAAAAGCCUCCUCUCUUCUGAUUGGCCAGCUGCUGGAAGCCUGCUGACGCCUGCUGUGGCAGUUUUCAAACAUAAGACUGAUCGUAUGGAUUUAAUGUCAACGUGUAUUAAGGUAAUUAAUUGAAACUUUACCACGUUUGAUAAGCGUUACAGCGGCAGCCAAUCGAAAGAACCCUGCCUAGAAUGGGCGGGGCUAAGGUGGCUUGUUAUGAACAGAUCUGGUACAAGAUAAGUAAAGAUUAUUUUGAAGUGUAAAUCAUGCAAAGCUGCUCUAGCAGGAAGUGAGCGGAAGAGUCCAAACAGUUUCUUGACUUCUGAUUGGUUGUUUUUCUUGUUCCUGUUUUAAAAUAAGAAAAAAAAAGAAAAAGAAAAGGUGAUUAUAAAUAAACAUCCUGAUAAGCUGAGACGCGGUACGAGUUUCUCUGACUCUUCUUCGCCGUGUUUUUGGAAACUCGCUCCGUUUGAGUGCAAUAGACGUCAGGCGUGAACUUUGACUUUUGUUUCCCACGUAGCUCAGCGACGCCCCCCGGUGGCCGAGUGAGACAUAAAUGUAUAUUUGGGUGCGUGGUGUCGUCUUAUACUGUGGGUUCACUUCAGUACUCUUUACUACAGACCAAAAGACUACAGUGUAUACAGGAUAUAUUGAUACACAUGACAGGGUUUAAUGUUUAUACAGAGUUAUUCUUCUUGUUUUGUACAGUCUGUUUUCCUACGUAGAUAUUUCCCGUGUAUUUUGGAAAUCCUUUCAUAAAUCUGAAGCGUAUGUAUAUCACACAUAUAUAUUAUUACAGUGGCGUGCCCGGCCGGGGCAUGCGAUGCAUGGGCAUUAACCUACCAGCUUCAUUUUGCGUCUCACCCUGUUCUCCCCCACCCUCAGCACACCUGGGCAGGUCCCUUUAGUUUCAUGACUGUGUUUGGCCCAGAGGAAUGUAACCCCCCCCCAACAUGAAGCCCUCUUUUCUUUUCUUUUUUUUUGUAUUCUGCCUUUUUAUCGUUUGCUGUGGUUUCUCUUUCUGCCUCCUCCUGUUUGACUCUCUGUUCACAGAAACCUUUUCUGUCCUUGCUUCUGUUUCUCAUGAUCAAAAUAAUAAAUACAAGUUUAAAUACCAUC